AGAGGACUCUUUAAAGUAGAGACUCUACAUACUGAUAUACACCUGAACAUCAGCAGGAGAGGACUCUUUAAAGUAGAGACUCUACAUACUGAUAUACAACUGAACAUCAGCAGGAGAGGACUCUUUAAAGUAGAGACACUACAUACUGAUAUACACCUGAACAUCAGCAGGAGAGGACUCUUUAAAGUAGAGACUCUACAUACUGAUAUACACCUGAACAUCAGCAGGAGAGGACUCUUUAAAGUAGAGACACUACAUACUGAUAUACACCUGAACAUCAGCAGGAGAGGACUCUUUAAAGUAGAGACGCUACAUACUGAUAUACACCUGAACACAACACGUCAGUAUGAAAUGUUGUGUUCAGGUGCGCUGAGUGAAAGCAAGUGUUGUGAACAGGCAGGAAUGUGUUUCGGCUCACAGCUCUCGAGUGGAUCCUAAAUUUGGCCUCGACUCUCCUCAGUGACCCAGCUGUCUGCCUGCCUCUCUCUGUAGUGCCUAUAACUCCUGUCUGCCCGUCUGCCUCUCUCUGUAAUGCCUAUAACUGUCUGUCUGCCCGUCUGUCUCUCUCUGAAGUGCCUAUACCUGUCUGUCUGACGGCUGUCGAGCAGGAAGCAGCACUGGAUCUAUUAAUUUCCUCUGAAAGUGGAUAGCUCUUCAGUCGGUGUUUUAUUUUGAAGUGUUUCCUGUGCGAUGGUGUCUCUUCUGUUCUCGGCGUUUGUCCCGUUUUUUCUGACUCUGCUGAUCCUGUUCCUCUUCGUCUUCCUCUCCCGAUCAGGAGGGAAGAGCGGCAGCAACAAGAAGGCCGACGGAGUCAAGGAGUCAUCUGAGAGCACCAACACCACCAUUGAGGACGAAGACACCAGAGUGAGGAAGCAAGACAUCAUUAAAGUGACGGAGCAGCUCAUCGAGGCGAUCAGCAAUGGAGACUUUGAGAGCUACACUAAAAUGUGCGACCCCGCGGUGACGGCGUUCGAACCCGAGGCUCUGGGGAACCUAGUCGAAGGCCUCGACUUCCACCGCUUUUAUUUUGAAAACUUGUGGUCUAAGAACAGUAAGCCGGUCCACACCACCAUUCUGAACCCGCACAUCCACCUAGUGGGGGAGGAGGCCGCCUGCAUCGCCUACAUCCGGGUCACGCAGUACAUCGACGCCAACGGCACUCCCCGCACCGCCCAAUCAGAGGAGACCCGGGUCUGGCACCGUCGCGAUGGGAAGUGGCAGAUCGUCCAUUUCCACCGCUCAGGAUCCCCCUCCACGCUCAGCAACUGACUGCCUGAAGGGGGCGGGACUUUGAUGGGGCCACAGGCGUCGCCUUGACAACUGAUUGAUUGACAGCGGGCUAGGCGUGUGACAUCACACAGGAAGUUUGAGAGUAGAGGGGCGGGGCCAGCGUACUGCACAUCAGCCAAUCAGCUUCCUCUUCUCAGCUCUUUGGACUCCAGCCACGCCCCCUUGUGCUCAGCCAAUCAGCAGCUCCGAAUGUAACGACGUGUGGAAACCUCGCAACUCCGCCAGCAUGAUUGAGAGGACAGAGGACCGCCUUAACACACCUGUAAUUAGAUCUUAAUUGGCCCCAAAAACACCUCAAAAUAAAAUCCCUGAAUAAUAAUUCAUAUUUGACUCAAAUCUGGAGAUACGAGGUUUCCUGGAACUGUGUUUACUUUAUAUUGAGGUGAAGUCACCAUGGUUACUAAUUACUAUUAGACCCGUUAUCUCGUUAUGACAACUAAUUAACAUAAAGGUCAUUCAUAACGUCCGUUGAUGACGAGGUAAUGAGGUCUAAAAGUGAUCCUGAUCAGCCGUGAGAGAGAUUGAAUGUAAUGAACCUCUCGUUUAAUAUUUUAUAUUUGAUGUUAUUACCGUAAACUAAAUAAUAUGAAACAUUAUGAAUAUGAUUGUAAAAGUA